GUCACCACUGCGGUCUCUCUCCAGCGACGCUCCUCCCGCCUCAGACCCCCCAUUAUAACACAGUUUUUACGCACCGAUACGGGUCCAUUAGCACUUUUUAUAUUUCCUGACAGGUGACACGGAACCGGCACCGAGAUGGCGGCACCGAAACGACAGGACACCCGGAAAUUCUUUGAGAAUCUGUCCGGCGAAGGCAAAUCCAUCGCAGUGUUGACGAGCGGAGGAGAUGCCCAAGGAAUGAAUGCCGCCGUCCGGGCCGCCGUUCGAAUGGGCAUCUACGUUGGAGCAAAGGUCUACUUCAUCCACGAGGGAUACCAGGGGAUGGUGGACGGUGGAGACAACAUUGAAGAAGCCACGUGGGAAAGCGUGUCCAGCAUGCUGCAAGUGGGCGGUACAGUCAUCGGAAGUGCCCGCUGCAAAGAGUUCCGCACUCACGAGGGGCGCCUGAAGGCAGCACGCAACCUGGUGCAGCGCGGCAUCACCAAUCUGUGCGUGAUCGGCGGCGACGGCAGCUUGACCGGCGCCAACCUGUUCAGAGAGGAGUGGAGCGGGCUGCUGGACGAGCUCCUGCAGCAGGGUCUGAUCGAUGAGGAGGGGGCGCGCAGUAACUCGGAGCUGCACAUCGUCGGCAUGGUCGGCUCCAUCGACAACGACUUCUGCGGCACCGACAUGACCAUCGGCACCGAUUCAGCGCUGCACCGGAUCAUUGAGGUGGUGGACGCCAUCAUGACGACGGCGCAGAGCCACCAGAGGACGUUUGUGUUGGAGGUGAUGGGCAGACACUGCGGGUACCUGGCUCUGGUCAGUGCUCUGGCGUGUGGAGCCGACUGGGUUUUCAUUCCAGAAAUGCCUCCUGAAGACGGCUGGGAGGACAAUAUGUGUCAGAAACUGUCUGAGAACCGUGCUGAUAAGAAGAGGCUGAACAUUAUAAUAGUGGCCGAGGGAGCGAUAGACAGCCACAACAAGCCCAUAACCCCCGACUACAUCAAGGAUCUGGUCGUGCGCUGCCUGGGCUUCGACACCAGGGUCACCAUCCUGGGCCACGUGCAGCGAGGCGGAACUCCCUCGGCCUUCGACAGGAUCCUGGCCAGUCGCAUGGGUGUGGAGGCGGUGCUGGCCCUGCUGGAGGCCUCGGCCACGACGCCGGCCUGCGUCGUGUCUCUGGUUGGAAACCAGGCUGUUCGACUGCCGCUGAUGGAGUGUGUUCAGAUGACCCAGGAAGUACAGAAAGCCAUGGAUGAGAAGAAGUUUGAGGAGGCCGUGCGACUGCGAGGGAGGAGCUUUGAGAACAACCUGAGCACCUACAGACUCCUGUCCAACCGCAAAGCCGACUCUGAGCUUCCCCACAGCUCCUUCAACGUGGCCGUGCUGAACGUGGGCGCUCCGGCCGCCGGCAUGAACGGCGCCGUGCGCGCGGCCGUCAGAGUGGGCAUCACCGAGGGCCACAAGAUGUUCGCUGUGAGCGACGGCUUCGAGGGCUUCUACAAAGGACAGAUCAAGGAGAUCAAGUGGGGAGAUGUUGGAGGCUGGACGGGCCAGGGCGGGUCGCUGCUGGGGACCAAAAGAACUCUUCCAGGGAAACAUCUGGAUAAAAUUGCUGAGCAGAUGAGGAUCCACAACAUCAACGCUCUGCUCGUCAUCGGAGGCUUUGAGGCCUACAUGGGACUACUGGAGCUCUCUGCUGCACGGGAAAAGUAUGAUGAGCUCUGUGUCCCCAUGGUCAUGGUCCCCGCCACCGUCUCCAACAAUAUCCCCGGUUCCGACCUGAGCAUUGGGUCGGACACGGCUCUGAACGCCAUCACUGAUGCCUUUGAGUCCCUGCUGCAGCUGUACGAGGCCCGCGCCGACUACCAGGAGCUUUGCGUCCCGAUGUGCAUGCUGCCUGCCACCAUUAGUAACAAUGUGCCCGGCACCGACCUCAGCAUCGGCGCCGACACGUCCCUCAACGCCAUCGUGGAGACGUGUGACCGCAUCAAGCAGUCGGCCAGCGGCACCAAGCGCCGCGUCUUCAUCAUCGAGACCAUGGGCGGCUACUGUGGCUACCUGGCCACCGUGGGGGGUCUGGCUGCCGGCGCGGACGCCGUCUACAUCUACGAGGAGCCGUUCGACAUCAGGGACCUGCAGGCCAACGUGCAGCAUCUGACAGAGAAGAUGAAGACGUCCAUCCAGAGGGGCCUCGUGCUCAGGAACGAGAACUCCAACGAGAACUUCACCACGGACUUCAUCUACCAGCUGUACUCCGAGGAGGGUCAGGGCGUGUUCGACUGCAGGAAGAACAUCCUGGGCCACAUGCAGCAGGGAGGAGCUCCGUCUCCGUUUGACAGGAACUUCGGCACCAAGAUCGCCGCUAAAGCCGUGCAGUGGAUCACACGGACGCUCAAGGACUCCUUCAAAGGGGGACGCGUGUUCGCCAACUCGGACGACACCGCGUGUCUGCUCGGGAUGCGGCGCCGGGCGCUCGUGUUCCAGCCGGUGUCGCAGCUGCGCGACGAGACGGACUUUGUCCACAGGAUCCCCAAGGAGCAGUGGUGGCUGAAGCUCCGUCCGCUGAUGAAAAUCCUGGCCAAGUACAAGACGAGCUACGACGUGUCCGACUCGGGUCAGCUGGAGCACGUGACCCGGGUCCGACCCAAAGACAGCAAAACCUCGUCGGCCAUUUAAAGCAGGGCCUCUGGCUGCAGCUUCACUCCAGGAGGACGUGUAGUGACGGCUACGCACCGCAGAGAAGUAGAGGAACAGUUAAAGAUUGUAGUCAAUAUUUAAAGAGUUAUUUAAAUCCUUUAAGAGGGGAUCUGGGACAUUUUAAAGACAUUUAGAUGGAAGGCACCGAUUUGGUUUAGCACAUAGUUUUAAAGUAGCAGUGACUGUUUAUUUUCCAGAUCCCAGAUAAAUGAGCUCGUCUCGUUUCAUCCCUGUAAUGUAGCCUGUUGUUUUCAGCUAAAGAGUCAAGUCUGGCUUCGUCAUCUUUGCUUUCAGCACUUUUUAGCUCCAUGAUCAGUAGAAUCACUGGCCACUUUACUGGGUCCACCGGUCCAGCCUAGUUCCGUCCAGUGCUGAGAUAAUGUGACCGAUGGAGUCGCACUGGGCUGAACGAGACUGUGCCGGUGUCGCACCCUGAGAAACGUCCGCCUUUCUGAUCGUGACUCUGAAGGACUGAGGUUUGAGGCUUUAAGGGGAGCUGGCUGCGUCCUGUCACCUGUUGUGUGAGUGAGUGUAUUUGUCGUGUUGUAUCCACUGUGGGCUUUGGAUGUAGCAUCUGUAUCCUAGUGUCUGAAACUAUAUCUGUGUGAGUGUCCUGUCACGGUAAUAAACACUUGAGGAACGUGA